AUGGAGCCCAAUAGCCCCAAAAAGAUCCAGUUUGCCGUGCCUUUAUUCCAGAGUCAGAUUGCACCGGAGGCAGCAGAGCAGAUCAGAAAAAGAAGACCUACCCCAGCCUCACUUGUGAUUCUCAAUGAACAUAACCCCCCAG